AUGCCGGCGUGCUUCCCCUCACUCUCCGCCCGCGAGAUCCUCACUCUGCUGCCGCGGACCGGGCGGCCCCGCCCCUUCUCCUCCUCCUUCUCCGCCGCCGCCGCUGCCGCUGUCGGGACCCACCUGCUGACCCUCCUGGAGAGAUGCGCCACCCUGCAGCAAGUCAAGCAGGUCCAAGCCCAGAUGCUCCUUACCGGGGUAAUCUCCGAUGGGUACGCCGCAAGCCGCUUGGUCGCCGUCUGCUUGGCAUCUCCAGUCGAGGACAUUGGCUAUGGCCGGUUCGUCCUCGGUAGCCUCGAGAGCCCCAACGCCUUCAGCUGGAACUCCGCCAUUAGAGCACACUCCGAUUGCUGCGAUGUCGGAGAAGCGGUCCUCCUGUACAAGAUGAUGCUCAUGUCUUCUGCAAGACCCAACAAUCUAACCUACCCGAUCCUCCUCAAGGUCUGCGCCAAGACCAGGAGCCUUCUCCCCGGUGGGCAGAUCUUCGGGCACGCCCUGCAACUGGGCAUGGACUCCGACGCCUUCGUCUCCAAUUCCGCCAUCCACAUGUUCGGAAACUGUGGGAUCUCAGUAGCCGCACGCCAGAUCUUCGACACAAUGUGUGACCGGGACCUGGUUUCUUGGAACUCCAUGAUUAAUGGGUAUCUCAGGAGCGGCCGUCCAGCUGAAGCUCUGGAGCUCGUCAGGGAGAUGGAGACGGAGGUGGAGCCCGACGAGGUGACCAUGAUGGGCGCAGUCCUCUGCUGCGCCAUGCUCGGGGACCUGGACCUUGCGAGGAAGUAUCACAGCUUCAUCACAGAGAAGGACCUGCACCGCACUGUUCCUCUUUCUAACGCUCUAAUGGAUAUGUACGUCAAGUGUGGGAGCUUGGAGGAUGCGGAGCGCCUGUUUCUCUGCGCGGAAGGGAGGAGGACGGUCGUCACCUGGACGACGAUGAUGGCGGGCUACCUGAAGCUCGGUUCCUCAGAGCUUGCUCGGAAUCUGUUCGAGGAAAUGCCCACGAGAGAUAUCGUCUCCUGGAACGUCAUGAUCGGCGGGUACGUUCAGCUGGGUCGAGCUAAGGACGCACUGAGUCUCUUCCAUGAGAUGCAGCGGUUACGCGUUGACCCUGAUGAGAUCACCAUGGUCAACGUUUUGUCGGCUUGCGCACAGCUCGGAGCCCACGGCGUGGGAGUAUGGGCGGAUCGCUUCAUGGGGAAGCAUAAUUUCCGUUUGAAUGUUGCUCUGGGAACGGCCCUCGUUGACAUGUAUGCCAAAUGCGGGAACAUCGACAAGGCGCGGUCGGUCUUCAGUGAGAUGCCCGAGAGGAAUGCGUUGACCUGGACAGCCAUGAUCAGCGGUCUGGCCAUUCACGGCCUUGGACAGGACGCCAUAUCUCACUUCUCGAAGAUGACAGCUGGUGGGUUGACCCCCGAUGGCGUGACCUUCCUCGGGCUCUUGUCGGCGUGUUCCCAUGCAGGCUUAGUGGACGACGGCCGCCACUACUUUGACCAGAUGCGGCGCAAGUACAACCUCCUGCCAGGGCUCAAGCACUACUCCUGCAUGGUUGACCUUUUGGGGAGAGCUGGGCUUCUCGACGAAGCCGAGGAUCUGAUCGAGAGUAUGCCCAUGAGCCCCGACGCCGUUCUAUGGGCCUCCCUCUUUUUUGCUUGUAGGUUCCAUGGAAAUGUGGCCAUGGGAGAGCGCGCCGCCUCACAGUUACUAAAUCUGGAUGCAAAAGAUGGCGCCACCUACGUGCUGCUGGCCAGCAUGUACGUGGAAGCUAGCCUCUGGUCUGAGGCCGACAAGGUGAGGGCACUGAUGAAGCGUCGGGGCCUGGAGAAGACUCCCGGCUGCAGCUCGAUCGAAGUCAACGGGGUCGUCCAUGAAUUCACGGCCAGAGACCAAACCCAUCCACUCUGGGGAGAGAUCUACGCUUGCUCGAGGCAAUUAUUCGGGCACAUCAAACAUGUGUGCUGA